AUGGAGGAAGUUGAGCGGCGAUUUGCAGGUUCCUUGGUUCUUUCGGAUAGGGAAUCGAAGGGGUUGAGAAUUGGGGGACUUGCAGCUAGGUCGGCUCUCAAGUAUCAAUUCGCGGUGGUCUGUAAAGUUCUGACGGACAGAACUUUUCGACGUCAGAGUUUUAUAGAUCUGUUUUCACGAUUGUGGGGGGGCGAUAAGGGAGUUACCAUCAGUGAUGUCGAAGGCAAUCGUUUUCUGGCAUGUUUCCAGAGUGAAGGAGAUAUGCGAAGGGUGUUGUAUCGGGAGCCUUGGGACUUUGAUAAUUCAUUGAUUGUCAUGGCUCCUAUGGGUGAUGCACGAGCUAUUACUGAGGUGAGCCUGGGUUCUGCAGUAUUUUGGGUCCAGGCUCAUGGAGUUCCUUGGAAGUUUCACACACCUGAAGUUGCUGAGGAUAUUGGUGGCAUGUUGGGAGAAUAUAAGGAGGUUAAAGCUGAUGAGAAGGGGUGUUGUGUGGGACGAUGUGUUUGUAUUAGGGUUUGCCUGGAUAUCUCCUUGUCUCUGUUGCGGCGUACUGUUGUAAACUUUUCAGAGUUUGGGGAUCAACUAAUUGAAUUCCAGUACGAAAGAGUGUGGGUUAAUAGGGCACCCAACAAGAAUCUGUUUUGA